AAAGUUUUGGUGUAGAAGCAGUAUUUAAUUUUUAAUAAAAAUGCGCAUAGUUUUCUGUCUUUUGUUCGGCUUUCUCGCUUUGGCUGCCGCCACUGAAGCUGAGAACUUAGAUGAAGAUGAAUGGGACAUAUCAUGGGAAAGGGGACAGAAUCGUGGUUUGAUCCUUAACUCACAAGCAAAAAAAUAUGUAAGAAACUUUAUGAAGCAAAUGCCUUGUGGUUGGCCUGAUCUGGGCGUUCCACCCCUAGCACCAUACACUAAUGCCGAGCUAAACCUUCAAUUAUCUAAAUCAGUAGUUGACUCCAUACUACAAUUCGUCCGCUUCCGUUUCGAUGGUUUGGACCGCAUGGACAUCAAGAAAAUGAAAGUUAGCUACACAUUCAAAAAGAAGGUUGUCUACCAUUUUGUCUUUCGAGAGUUGAAGGCCAGCGCUCACAUUUACAACACGGACACAUUUGUUGACAUGAUGCGUAGUUUGGGUUUGUCAGCGCGUUAUGAGGGUUCUGGCCUAUUGGAUUUCGCCCUACAGGAUCUCUCCAUUGAGGGUCAAUUCAAAUAUAAGAUGCCAAUUUUCUGGGGCUCCAUCAAGAUUUACAAAUUCGAAGCUAAGGUCACUCUUGGUGGUGUACGCUCAAAUAUUGGCGGCAUUUUGGGUAACGGUAAAUUUAAUCGUUUCCUUAACGAUAAGAUCGAAAGUAUCAUCCCCAACUACAUCAAUGGAAAUCAAAAGGAAAUUAGCAAGAAAAUUGAAAACAUUUUCGUACCACAAAUUAAUGCCUAUCUGAAGGGCCACAAAGUUUGGUGGUUGUUGGGACAAAUGAUAGGUUCCAAUAACAAAUGCUCCCCAACGCCAGCACCAUGGUUGGCUUUAGAGUAGUGCAUGUUCUUUUCGUUUUUGUUAAAUGUGAUGACAAAUAAAGAUAUUAUAAAUGUA